GUAGAACCACGUGAUCCGGGCCCGGCGCCGGAAGCUACCUAUCGGGUAGGGAGCUUCCCCUACACCUAGGGCUGCGAUGACGUCUGCACUGACCCAGGGGCUGGAGCGAAUCCCAGACCAGCUCGGUUACCUGGUGCUGAGCGAAGGGGCAGUGCUGGCGUCAUCCGGGGACCUUGAGAAUGAUGAGCAAGCAGCCAGCGCCAUCUCAGAACUGGUCAGCACUGCCUGUGGUUUCCGGCUGCAUCAUGGCAUGAAUGUCCCCUUCAAGCGCUUGUCUGUGGUCUUUGGAGAACACACGCUGCUGGUGACUGUGUCAGGACAGAGGGUGUUUGUGGUGAAGAGGCAGAACCGAGGCCGGGAGCCUAUUGACGUCUGAGCCUGCACAGGGCCAGGGCUAGAGAAGUGGACGGGGCGGGGACCGGCCAUGAGGAUGAAGGCACAUGAACUCCGUCCAUCUUCCUUGGCUUGCUGCAGAAACCGGGGCUUUGUGCCCCCCACUGCCCCAUCUGCACCUGAUGGGCAUAGCCUUGGAGAUUGCUGGUGAGGGAACCUGGGCAACAGAACCCCUUCUUCUCUUCUUCCUAAUAAAACACUUCUAUCUUCCAGG